AGAAGUAGCAAUAUGUGCUUGGUUGUACAGCCACCGAGUGAAGAUUCCGCCCCUUCUCCAUAGACGCGCGCAGUCACUGGUUACAGCAGCGGGAGCAAACAUGCUGUAUUUGGAAGUACACUCGCUAACUCAGGCCUGUGACACUUUCUUUCAAGCGAACUAGAUAAACAAUUGAGAUAUAACUACAGUACCUCCAGGGGCGGCUUCUGGGAACCUGUGCUUCUAUUGGAAUUACAAAGCGUCAGUAACAGCAGUGGAGUUUGUGGGGGGUACCUGGAUACCAAGUUUGCUGCUCUGGGAUUUUUUUUUUUUUUUGUGUACUGGAAUAAGACUUGGUUGUUCUGCAGCCCCCCCAGGAAGGUGUUUUUUUUUCUCGAAAUGGAUUCGGGAUGGCUGUUAAGUGUAGUUUUUGCUGUUGUCAUUGGUUUCAGUUUGGAAACCGCACCGAACUGUGAUGAAGUUCGAAAAGUUUUCCAGCUGAGGCAGAUAGGACCUGUAAAGUCUUUGCCAGAAAUCCCCAGAGCAGGUUCUGAUCUUCAGGUAUGCAGUUCUAAAAGCCUGACGUGCUGUACCAAGAAGAUGGAAGAGAGAUACCAAGUAGCUGCACGAAACGACAUUCAACAUUUACUCCAAACAUCAAGCUCAAGUUUAAAGUUUUUAAUUUCACGAAAUGUAGCUGCAUUUCAAGAAACAUUUGAAACCCUCAUCCGGCAAGCUGAGAACUACACAAAUACGUUAUUUCACACCACUUACAGAAACAUGGCUGCAGACACGGCUACAUCAGUGAGAGAGCUCUUCACUGACAUUGGACUUUUUGUGUUGGGCUCUGAGGUCAGCAUUGAGGAGUUUAUUAACAGGUUUUUUGACAGUCUGUUCCCUUUGGUUUACAAUCACCUCAUAAACCCUGGCUUGACAGAUAUAGCACUUGACUAUGCUGAGUGCACACGGAUGGCAAGAAGGGACCUGAAUCCAUUUGGAAACAUUCCCAAAUUAGCAGUUGGACAAAUAGGAAGAUCACUGCUGCCCAGCCGUGUUUUUCUGCAGGCUUUGAACUUGGGGAUCGAAGUCAUUAAUACAACAGAUCAUUUGCAGUACACAAAAGAAUGCAACAGAGCCUUACUCAAGAUGCAGUACUGUCCGCAUUGCCAAGGCCUGACUCAGAGUAAACCGUGUAUGGGGUACUGUCUCAAUGUGGUAAGAGGCUGCUUGGCCAGCAUGGCAGAAAUUGACACUCACUGGAGGGAGUAUAUAAAGUCUUUGGAAGAGCUGUCAGAUGGGAUGCUUGGAACCCAUGACAUUGAGCAAGUGCUGCUCAACCUUCAUUCGCUUGUAAAUGAUGCAGUUAUGUAUGCUCAAAUAAAUGGACCAAAGCUUUCAGUACAGGUGAAUAAAGCAUGUGGACAUCCAAGUAGAAAACCAGGACACUCUUCAGGUGGUCAGCUGGAGGACAACAAACGUGAUCUCACCCUUAAAGCACCGCAGCGAGAGAGUGAAGAGACACUAGCCAGCAGAAGAAAAGAGUUCAUCAGCAGUCUGAGGCUCUACAGGACAUUCUAUGGUGGGCUGGCUGACCAGCUCUGUGUAAGUGAAUUGGCUGCUGCUGAUGGCUUAUCAUGUUGGAAUGGAGCAGAUGUAGUUAAGAGUUAUACUCUUCGAGUGGUUGGAAAUGGAAUUAAAGCUCAAUCUGGAAACCCAGAGGUAAAAGUGAAAGGAACAGACCCAAUGAUAAAUCAGAUCAUUGAUAAACUGAAGCACGUCAAUCAGUUGUUACAGGGCAAAUCGAUUCCAAUGUAUGGCAGUUUGGACAUGAUAGAGACUGGCAGUGGGGAUCUGCUGGACCAGGUCAGUGGAGACUGUGAUGAUGAAGAUGGCUGUGCUGGAUCAGGAAGUGGAGAAGUAAAGAAAGAGACCAAGAUCUCCAAGUGGAUUCCAGACAAGAUGAACGUCGAUGUAAAGCGAACUCAACAGACUGAAGAUGGGGAGACUUUGGAAACAUCUGGCUCUGAAAUUACAGUGAAGACUAACCUUGUGACCUUUCAUUUGAUUAAUGUGGCCACACUGCUUCUCAGUGUAUGGUAAUAUCACUCAUGUAAUGUAAAUGCCUUUCUGUAAGCAGAAAACAAAACCUGGCAUGUUUUAGCUAUUGGUGCAGAGAUACAAAUGUUAUCCAGUAUCCCUACAUUGACUAGUGUUUGUCCUAUCAAGUAUCAAUGGGCAUUUUCAAAAGUAACAGCAUGACUAUUAUUCCUUUAUAGACUACCUUAGAUUCAAUUUUCUUUACCUCGAAAGAAAGCUGUUUGAGCAGCAUGUUGCUCUUUGAUCACACUAAAAAUGAACACGUUUGUACAUAGUGAACGAUGCUGCUGAUAUUAUAGAACUGAUUGUUUCAUUCCAGUUAGUUUCUUUUAUUUAAUGAGCUUCUGAAUAAGUGCUAUUUAUCUGCUUUAACAUACUGUACGUCUUUCCAGCUAACGGAUUUCAUAGCCUCUUAACACUAAACCAAAUAAUGCUAUGUGUUCAGUUUUAUGUAACUUGUAAGUAAAUAAUUUGGGAUCAAUGUAUAUUUUGCUCAAAUUUAAGCCUUGCAAACAAAGCAUUUGCAAAGCUUCCAGGACCUUGGUUUGCAAACAAAGCAUUUGCAAAGCUUCCAGGACCUUGGUUUGGAUCUACUGAAACAAGGUGUCAGGUUUCCCUAGGGUACCUGAAACAGGUAAAGUUCUCUUCUUUUUUUGUCUCCUGUAUUUCAAUUCAUUGUUAAGAUCACCUCCAUGCACAGUGGUUUCAUUAUCUAACCUGCAAGUGGUUUUUAAGUGACGUUAAAGAGAAAUAACAAGAAGCCAGGAAUUUUUACCUCUUGUAGGUAACAUGGGUACGAUAACAGUGACGGGUUGCAGCAUCGACAUACCUAGCUUUGCUACCAAUUUCAGUUUUUAUUUUAUUACAUUAAAAUUACUAAUUACUAAUUAUUUUAAUUUUUGAAAUCCUUAACUUUCCACUACAACAGCCACAAUACCAUCACUGAACUUGAGUUUCAUACCAGCACAAUCAUUUACAUUACAUCAGUCAUUCAAUCCUCUCUUCCUAGGGCUUCAGUCAUUCAGUCCUCUCUUCUCAGGGCACUCAUCCCUGCUUUUCAUGAACAAGAUCUUGUUUAAAUACUAUUUUAUAGUAUGCCUGUGCUGAGGCCUUUUAAUGCAGUGUAUCCAUGCAGCAGUUUACAUGUGACUCCAUGGCCACUGCUUACAAAGAUGUUAUACUUUUUUCGACUUAAUUGAUGGCCACAAAAAUAAAUCCUGGCUGUCCAAACCAGCAAAGCACUGUGAACACACUGUGUUUCUUCCAUUUUGACAUUAUAAGCCACAUUUGAACUAGUCUGGAGACUAUUACAUGUCAGUACAGCCCUUGAACUACUUUUGUCACUCACUGCACAUUUAAUCAACUGAACAGAUUGAUUUCUACUAUAACGUCAAGCUAUUUUAAUAAAUACAUUAUUAACUAUUAAACUAAUAAAUACUAAUGUAUUGAAAAUGGAACAGGCUAUAUACAGUAAUAAACAGUUUUCUUGUUUGUUUGUUUUAAUAAUUUCACUGAUAAAAUAUGCUAUCUGGACCACCUAAUUUAAUUUUCCAGUAGGCUAGACACAGUGCAACAUGGGUUUAAAAAUAUAUAUUUUUAUACCAUACAGUAUAAACUGUGGAAUCCAGUCCUUUAAUGGAUUCUUUAAAUAUAAUUUAUAAAUAUACAUAUUGCAUAGACACAUUAGAAACUAAUAAGCCAAUUGUUAUUAGAAAUUAAUUUCCAUCAAAACAAAGCCGGUGUAAUUGACCAAAUAGUUGGUAUUCCGGAAUGAUUGGAAUUAAUUCAAUCUUUAAGUAAACAGGGAUUUGUGGUGCAGGGAAGAAUGUUUUGAAGGAACAGUAUGAAUUUCCCAACUGAAUUCAACUAUAAUUUAUUUUUUGGAACUGUUCUGGUAAUAAAACCAAUAAGCCUAGCUUAUUUAUUUGAUUAAAUGAGUCAAUAUACCGUGGAUUAUUACGUUUUACCACAUCCCUCUGAACUCAAUUAAAGUGGUGUUAUUACAACAGGUCCUAAUUAAGCAACAUUAAAAUGGGAUUAUCCAUAAUGUACAGUUUUACUUAAUUUAAAAAGAAAUUUCAAGAAUAAAAUGAGAUAACUUACCCAUAAUGCAGAUACUUAUAGCUUAAUCCCCAGGACUCCAUGAGACAAACUCAAACAUCUAUAAACAUAACACAAAGCGCAAUAAAGCACUGACCUGAGCACUGUUCAUUUUACACAAACAUGGUACACUAUGCAGUUUGUUGAAAUAGUGCUUCAAUUACAGGAUUCUCCUGAACAAUUGUGUCUACUACUGUAGCUUCCUAACUGCAAAUCUAAGUUUUCACUCUAGAUACAUACACUGAAAUACAUUCCCACAAAGGUGCUGACACCAAACACUUAAAGUACUAUGCAUUAAUCUUUACUAACCCUGUACAUGCCCUUUAUUGAAACUCAUUUGUAAGUAUUGCCUCAUUAAAAGUUAUUGACAUUAA